AUGCACCUGAAGAGCAGCUUGUGUUUUUCUUCUUCAGGAUUGAACAAGGAUUUCUUCUGCUCCUCGAGUCCACGUUCCUGUACAACCCAAAAUCAUCUCCACAAACACAUCAAGACCCCCCACAGUGUCAAAUAUGAGACCCUGGUGAAGAUUAAGACUGAACAUGAGGAUCUGACGCCCACCAGAAGCUCCAGUGAUCAGCAGACGUCCUCUGGUGCUGUCAGCAUUAACAGCUCUCUCACCAGAGAACAGAACAGAAGGAACGUCUGCUCACAGUGUGGGAAGAGCUUUAGUUCUCCCAGUGCUCUUAAAAAACACCAGCGCAUUCAUUCUGCAGAAAAACCGUAUCAGUGCUUACAAUGUGGGAAGAGUUUUAAUCAGCACAGUGCUCUUAAAGAACACCAGCGCAUUCACACUGGAGAGAAACCAUAUCAGUGCUCACAGUGUGGGAAGAGUUUUCAUCGUCAGAGUGCUCUCAGUAUCCACCAGCGCAUUCAUAGUGGAGAGAAACCGUUUCAGUGCUUAGAGUGCGGAAAGAGCUUUAAUCGCCAGUGUCAUCUUAAAAUCCACCGGCGCAUUCACACUGGGGAGAAACCGUAUCAGUGCUUACAGUGUGGGAAGAGUUUUAAUCAACAGAGUCAUCUCAACAUCCACCAGCGCAUUCACACCGGAGAGAAACCACAUCAGUGCUCACACUGUGGGAAGAGCUUUAAUCGUCGGAAUGUUCUCAAAAUUCACCAGCGCAUUCACACCGGAGGGAAACCAUUCCAUUGCUUAGAAUGUGGAAAGAGUUUUAAUUCAGAAAACAACCUUAAACUUCACCAGCGCAUUCACACCGGAGAGAAACCGUAUCAGUGCUUACAGUGCGGGAAGCGCUUCAAUUAUCACGGUGAUCUCAAAAGACACCAGCUCAUUCACACGGGAGAGAAACCGCACCAGUGCUCACAGUGCGGGAAGAGCUUUAAUUAUCACGGUGAUCUCAAAACCCACCAGCGCAUUCACACAGGAGAGAAACCGUAUAAGUGCUCAGAGUGUGGGAGGAGUUUUAAUCAUCAGGGGGAUCUCAAAAGACACCAGCGCAUUCACACUGGAGAGAAACCUAACGUCUGCUCACAGUGUGGGAAGAGCUUUAGUUAUCCGAGUGCUCUUAAAAAACACCAGCGCAUUCACACCGGAGAGAAACCGUAUCAGUGCUCAGAGUGUGGGAAGAGCUUUAAUCAUCAUGAUCUCAAAAGACACCAGCGCAUUCACACUGGAGAGAAACCGCAUCAGUGCUCACAGUGUGGGAAGAGUUUUAUUUCUCCGAGUGCUCUCAGAAGACACCAGUGCAUUCACACUGGGGAGAACCCUUAUCAGUGCUCACAGUGUGGGAAGAGUUUUAAUCAGCAGAGUGCUCUCAAAAGACACCAGCGCGUUCACACUGAAGAGAACCCUUUUCAUUGCUCACAGUGUGGGAAGAGUUUUACUCAGCAGAGUGCUCUCAAAAGACACCAGUGCAUUCACAGUGGAGAGAAACCGUAUCAGUGCUCAGAGUGUGGAAAGAGCUUUAAUAAUCAGAGUGCUCUUAAAGGACACCAGCUCAUUCACACUGGAGAGAAACCGUAUCAGUGCUCACAGUGUGGUAAGAGAUUUAAUUGUCAAAGUAAUCUCAAAAAACACCAGCGCAUUCACACCGGAGAGAAACCCUAUCAGUGUUUAGAGUGUGGCAAGAGUUUUAAUUAUCAGACUCAUCUCAAACGACACCAGCGCUUUCACACCGGAGAGAAACCACAUCAGUGCUCACACUGUGGGAAGAGUUUUAAUCAGCCCAGUGAUCUUAAAAUACACCAGCGCAUUCACACCGGAGAGAAACCGUAUCAGUGCUCACAGUGUGGGAAGAGUUUUAGUCAACAGAGUCAGCUCAAAAGACACGAGCGCAUUCACACCGGAGAGAGACCGUAUAUGUGCUCACAGUGUGGGAAGAGUUUUAAUGAGCAGAGUGAUCUUAAAGGACACCAGCGCAUUCACACUGGAGAAAAACCGUAUCAGUGCUCACAGUGUGGGAAGAGUUUUAAUGCACGGAGUAAUCUCAGAACGCACCGGCGCAUUCACACUGGAGAGAAACCGUAUCAAUGCUCACAGUGUAAGAAGACUUUUUAUCAACAAGGUGCUCUCAAAAAGCACCAGCACAUUCACACUAGAGAAAGCAUAUUAGUGCCUAAAGUGUGAGUGUGAUCAGAGAACCUUUAAAAGACACCAGCACACAGAAACAAGCUUUUCUGCUCAAAAUGUGGGAAUUUUUUUUAAAUAUUUUUAAUGUAGCAGAAAUUAUCAAGUUUAGCAUGUAAUCUCAUCAUGUUCUUACUUCCUUUUCUUUUAACACCAGUUUGUGGACUGAGGUAUAAAUCCUGUAUGAAGUGUGAAACAUUGUUUGACGUGUUCAGAUUCUACAUCCAUGGAUUCACAUUUAUGCACUCUAAAAAAUGCUGGGCUGAAAACAACCCAACCUGGGUUAUUUGGCAACCAAGUGCUGGUAACUAUUGGACAGAACACAUGUUGGGUUAUGCAUUUUAAUCAACCUAACUGUAAGGUUUUGUUUUACCCAAUACUUGGUUAAUUUUACCAUGAAUGUUGAGUUGUUUACUCCAAUGCUCAUAUGUAAAUAAUACUAUUAUUAUACUAUUCUAAUAAUAAUAAAAUUAUAAAACA